AUGUUCGCUUUUCAACCCCUCUUCCUGCUCUUAGCAGCAGUAGUUGGCGUUGUGGGUGCUCCCGCAUCUCCUGUAACUGUCACCAUCUACUUGGAGAAGGUCACCCCUACUCCUACCACUGCUAUUGAGACACCUGUUACCCCGGUCGCUCUCAUCGACGCCGGUAUCCCUACUGACUACGCUGCGAUUAAGGCUGGUGAGGACUUCAAGCUCGCUGAUUUCGGUGACAUCUUCGGCGCUUUCGAUAGCACUACACCGGAGCUUAAUCCUCACAUGGCGCCUGUUCAGGGUCUUGGCAAUGUCACCGCGUUUAUUCAUCUCACGAACGUUGACUAUGGCCCGACUCGAGCUUUCCUCGCCGAUGAUCCGGGAGAUGUAACCAGACAAGUGCUACAGUACAACCGCGAGCACCCUCAAAACCACAUCCCUCACUUCGUAAUCUGUGUUUCCUCCCGCGGUCGUCCUCAUAUGUACACCCGCAGUGAGAUCUACCAAGCCAUCCGCCUAGGUCUCCACGACCUUGCUUCACCUGCGAACCCUCAGUUCCCGGGCUGGCCGCGUGCUUUAGGCUUUCGCCGUCCUGCUAUCCGCCCCGCUGAAGUCGGCGAGGCAACUGGUCGUCUCUUUGAGUACCCGAUGAACUUCAGGGUAUACUACGAUGACCUAGUCAAUCAUGACAGAGCGCUUACUCGAGCCGGAAUGGUCGACCGCGUGGUUUUCGACACCGAUGGUUUGUUCGCUGGGAUCUUGCGCUUCCAUGAUAACGACUACUGGCACUACUGCUACCCCGAGGGCUUCUCUGGAAUAUUCCACCCUCGUCGUCCUAUGGGCGGUGAUGAAUCCGCCGAAGGCAUGCAAGACGCGUUGAACGUAUGGGUCAACGAAUUCAACGGCCCGUUCUGGGUAACCCAGGACCACUUUUUUCCUCCUAUUGGAACUGCUACUGAACCCACCAACCCUGCGACUGAGACCCAGACUCGUCGCCAGGGUGAGGGAAGAAGUGAGCAGAAUCGUUAA